AUGGAGGAAAAACACGAAACAGACCGCCAUUCCAUGUCGUCGACAUCGUCGCAAUCCAUCGAAGAGCGAGAUGGGACUACCUUUUCACCCAUUGCAUCUCCAACAGCACAGCAACAUGCCCUGAACACAAUGGAAUUGCACAAGACCACCUCGAGAACGUCGCGGGCAUCCACACAUCUCCAUCCGACAUUGUCGCUGACGGAUGGAUAUACUAUCAGUGUUCGAGGGGAGGAAGAGGAUGAAGAGGAGGAAGAAGAGAUUGAGCAGAGAAAGGAGGAAGGUGUACCGCGUGCACCGGAUGCGUCAGCCUCUGAAUUGCUGGUAAAAUGGGACGAGAAUGAUCCCGAAAAUCCGAAAAAUAUGAGCUAUGUUAGGAAGUGGCUUAUUGCGUCGGUUGUUUGUCUAGGCUCUGUUUGCGUAACAUGCACGUCCUCGGUAUAUACAAUGAUCUACGCCCAAGUUACCGAAGAAUUCCACUGCUCCAAAGAAGUCGCAACACUCGGCUUGACGACAUUCAUUUUCGGUCUUGGUAUUGGUCCAAUGUUUCUAGCUCCCUUGUCCGAAUUCUAUGGCCGACGUAUCAUUUAUGUCACUUCCUUCACGUUCUAUGUCAUUUGGAUGAUUCCAUGCGCCGUUGCGCAGAAUAUUGAGACAUUGAUUGUUGUGCGCUUCUUUGGUGGGCUUUCUGGCGCCGCGUUUCUGAGCGUGGCAGGAGGCACGGUGGGCGAUUUGUUUAAUCGCAAUGAACUUGCGGCGCCGAUGAUGGCGUUUACUGCGGCACCAUUCUUGGGACCCCAAAUCGGUCCAUUGGUUGGUGGGUUUAUUAAUCAGUAUACUGCUUGGCGAUGGACGUUCUAUACCUUCCUUAUCUGGGCCGGAGUUCAGUUGGUUGCAUUGUUCUUUUUCGUUCCCGAGACAUAUCAUCCAGUAUUGUUGAAACGCAAAGCUAUGCGACUCCGCGAAGAGACCGGUGAUCAGAGAUACAUCGCACCAAUCGAAAAACUAGACCGAAGCGUCGCCCAGACAGUAAUCCGUUCUUGCUACCGGCCCUUCCAACUUCUCACCUUGGAGCCGAUGGUAUUGUGUCUCUGUCUGUAUUCCGCCGUUCUCUUGGGUAUUCUGUAUCUCUUCUUUGGUGCCUUCAACCUCGUCUUUUCCGAAGUGUACGGCUUCAAGUUAUGGCAGGUCGGAUGCAGCUUUUUGGGUAUCUCGGUUGGCAUGAUGCUGGCAAUUGCAACGGAUCCGCUCUGGCGCAAGAACUAUCAACGCCUGGAGCGCAACCAUAUGGCUGCCGUGGGUGAGAAGGGAGAGUCGAUGCCCGAAUGGCGUCUUCCUCCUGCCAUUGCAGGUGCUCCUCCGGUCACCAUUGGUAUUUUCAUUUUCGCCUGGACGGCGUAUUCGCAUAUCCACUGGAUUGCGCCGAUUAUUGGAACGGCGGUGUUUGGAAUGGGGGUCAUUCUCGUGUAUUCCGGAAUUUUCACAUUCCUGGUCGAUGCCUACCCCGAAUUCGCAGCUAGUGCUCUGGCAGCCAACAGUUUCGCUCGAUCGAGUUUUGCAGGUGUUUUCCCUUUGUUUGGAACAUACAUGUACAAUCGCCUCGGAAUUCAUUGGGCGUCGAGUCUGUUGGGAUUCUUGACGUUUUUGAUGCUUCCAUUGCCAUAUCUGUUCUUCACAUAUGGUAAGGAACUGCGAAAGAAGAGCAGAUUCGCGACCUCUCGUAUUUAA